UGUAAUUAUUUUUAUCUAUAUACGAUUAAUUGGUGUUUCGGGCAGUUUAAUCACAAUGACAGAAAUAAAGUGGCCGUGGCAAUACAGUUUUCCUCCUUUUUUCACUCUCCAGCCUCAUACAGAUAUUAGAGCUAAACAAUUAGCAGCAUGGAAAAGUUUAAUACUUGAAUAUCAUCGUGUUACAAAACAGUCUAUUAUAGAUAUACGAGAAGUACAUUCAAGCCCGUUAUUUAACAAUUCUGCAAUUAAUCGGAAGUUACCAUCGGAAGUUGUUUUACUAGCAUUGGAAGAAUUAGCAAAGUCAGGAAAUGCAAGUCCAUUAGACAAGUCUAAAGAAAGAUGGUUAGUUUAUUGGCAUACUUUAGAAGAAUGGGGUGAAAUUAUCUAUAAUUGGGCACAAGAGAAAGGACUUACAGGAUCUGUAUGUACCUUAUUUGAAUUAACACAAGGAGAAGAUACAAUAACCGAAGAAUUUCAUGGGCUCGAUACAGAAGUGUUGGUCAAAGCUCUUAAAACAUUGGAAGCAAAUAAAAAAGCAGAGCUAAUUUUAUCUGACGAUAAUAAAGGAGUCAAGUUUUUCUAAAUGCAUAGUUAUAUAGAAAAACUAUGUAUGUGGUGUGCGAAAAUUUUGAUCACAAAAUUAAUUAAAAAAGUACAUUUCUAUUCUAUGUAUAUUUACAAGCAAUUAUUCCUUAAAACUUUUAUUAAUAAAAUUUGUAUAAUAAAUACUAUAUAUGUAUGUACAGAAAUGAAGUACACAAAAAAAAAAAAAAUAA